UUAGCUCAGCGUCACCUCGGGCUUCUCUGCCGGUUCACUCCCCGGUUCGCCCGUAGACGUGUGUCCCUCCGAGGCGGCGGUGACAUCGAGGCCGAAGCGGUGACAUUUCGGGCUGAAGCGCUCAGGUUUAGCGCUGAGCUCCGGAGCUAGCAACACAACUAGCCCAUCAUCACCAACAGCCCCGAGUCCAGGCUAACACGCAGCUUCCUGGGGAGCGGCGUCGAGUUGUGUAGACAGACAUGUUGCGUGGUCUACCUCGCAGUCACACGCCGGUGAAGAGGCUACAGAAGGAAUUAUUAGCCCUGCAAAAUGAUCCACCACCUGGGAUGACGCUGAACGAAAAAAGUGUACAGAGCUGCAUCACACAGUGGAUUGUAGACAUGGAGGGAGCUACUGGCACACUGUAUGAAGGAGAGAAAUUUCAGUUGCUUUUCAAAUUUAGUGCUCGAUAUCCUUUUGAGUCACCUCAGGUUAUGUUCACAGGAGAGAAUGUACCUGUCCAUCCUCAUGUGUAUAGCAACGGUCACAUCUGUUUGUCCAUUCUAACGGAAGAUUGGUCUCCAGCCCUCUCAGUGCAAGCAGUUUGUCUUAGCAUUAUCAGCAUGUUGUCCAGCUGCAAAGAAAAGAGACGACCGCCUGAUAACUCAUUUUAUGUCAGAACGUGUAACAAAAAUCCAAAGAAGACAAAAUGGUGGUAUCAUGAUGAUACAUGCUAAUGUACAAACUUUGUAAUAAUCGUAGAAGAAAGAAGUCCUACUGACCUACGUAAAAGCACUUUUUAAUAAUUCAGUCUUUGAACUCUGACCGGAGUCUGGACCAGUGGAUACCAUGCUCUGGAGGCUCUCGACUGCACCCCCCCCCCCCCCCCCAGCCCCCCCCCCCCCCCCCCCCCCCAGCCCCACCCCACCACGCGGGCAGUUGGAUGCAUGUUUUAGUCGGGUUGUAAUAUAAAGAAUACAAAUAAUUUGACAGUUUAGAUGCACCCACGAUGGAUUGUUUUGGGCAAAAAAUUAGUAAUGCAGAGAGCAAGCAAGUUAGGUGGAUUUGAAGUGAGAAAAUUACAAUCCCUGUUUUAAGAUUAUUAUUGUUACUUUUUUGUUUGCGUGUGGGUGCAUUUUAAAGGUCCUUGUGUUGUGCAAUAAUAACUGAUGGAUGCAUGCUGGGGCCUGCAAAGAGAAAUCCAAAUCUGAUUGUUUUCUGGAAGGGAUCGGACCAUCAUAACCCCAAGGAAAUGCUUCAUCUGGUUUUAGUUUUUUUGGGGGAAAAAUAUUAUUAUUAUAUGCACUGUGAAAGUAUCUAGUUUGAAAAGGCACUAUAAGAACAUUAUUCUCAACAUGCAGUUGUACUGUAAGCAGUCCUCCAUAUAUUUAUCAGGUGACAAGGUUUAAGUUUGUAACCACUGUAUCAAGAGUUCACUCGAGUUUCCUCUCCAUCUUCCAACCUGAGAGCCGGUUGCACUUCUUCCUGCUGUUGGACAGAAUGUCGGUACAGGAUCAAAACGGAUGCGACCACUACGCGGUCCCUCGCUCUAUCAGUCGGUCAGUCAGCGUGCAUCACAUAAAACCACAUGUGUGGCGUUUGCUCGUCCAGCCAUGAAGACGUGCAGUGGCCUCUCUUCCAUUUAAAGAAUGUCUGGGAGAGAACUAUGAUCCAUUUUUAUUUUUAGAUACUUUUUUUCUUUUUUUUAAACUCAUGCUUUAAUCUUCUCAAAAUGUUUGAUUUUAAAUGUCCUGAGUUCUUUUUUGUACUGCUUUUCAACUUGGAGUAUUUUGAUGGGUCGUUAUGUUUUUUUUGUUUAAACUUUUCUUUUUUCUUUUUGAAUAUGUUAUUUAAUUUAAAAAUGUUCUUUCGUUUCAUCUCCAGAACGGUAAUGAAUGACGAAAAAGGAGUCUUUCUAGAAGUUGUAACAAUGAGGCUUUUCUGAUUUCCCCCUGGUCAGAGUUUUGGGCUCAGGUAAUUUUUUUCAUUAUAGAGAUCACCUCGAAAAAGAUACCUAUCAGAUAUUUUGAAUUUAACUAUAUUUUCACCCAAAGAGACUGUUAUGUUGUAAACUUAUAACAUGUCUGACACUAUUGUAUAUAUACGUCUUUAAAUUGUUGGAUGAUGUGAAAGAAAUUAGCAGAGGAUGCAUUUCCUUGAUAGCAGAAUGAUAAUAGAAGUGCUUUAUUUUAUUGGAUGCUAGUUUGCAUCUUUUGCUAAUUAGGAGGUGUACAGACAGCGACAAACACUAUUAUUUGUUAAAAAAAAAAGUUUAGUAGUUUUACAGUGUGGGUGCAUGCAAUUUUAAACCCUGCUUUUUCUUAUUGGCAUCAGACAUUGUGACAACUUUUAGUCUUUCCACAACUAAGGUCAUGGUUUAAGGGAUGGAUAUAACAAACCCUCCAGAGGCUCUUUUUGACAUUUUAAGAGUGUAAUCACUCCAUUCCUAGAGAAAUGUUUUUCGCCAUCCAGUCAGAGAUACUUGAAUUUUCCAUCAUGGGUUGUUUUGCAUUUUCUUUUUUCCAGGGUCUAGCUGAGUUUCUUGAAUGAACUUGAGUGAAUGUGAUGACUCUCUAUACUGUAGAAGAGAUUACCACAGCACACCGCUAUCUCAAAACUAUAUUGAUAACUUAUAAGUCAUCUAUUUAACCAAUGAUUUUUUUUUUUAAAGCGAUUAUAAACUUCAUCGUAAGGCUCUUGUCUGCUGUUGCUGUGUUUUGAGGAAAUAGAUGGGAGGACAAACGAUUGUGUCAAUGCAGUAACAACGGCAUCUGUGCGGGGACAAAAAGCCCUCACCCAGUCCGCAGUAGAACACUAGGGAUUAGAAAAACUUGCGAGUGAAUAUGUUACAAGGGUUUGGAUGUGAUAUAUAAUUUUAUUUUACUUUUUCUUUUCAAUGUGGUUUGAACUCUAAGCUUGCAGGUUGUUGUGAGUGAUGAACACUAAUGAGGGUGUGGUAUUUAUAUUUGAAUUUUUUUGUUCUGGGAUGUGCAAGCUCCAUGUAAUAGGUGCCUGUUCAUUUUCAUAAUCAAUAAUAAAAAGCAAAGAUUCACUUUUA